AUGACUACCCAACGAAGAUCUUCCUCUACAAAUUUCUCGAUGCCCCGUCCACCCUCUCACAAAUCUUACAAUAUUGGGCAUUAUAUAAUUACCAAAACUCUUGGACAAGGCACAUUUGGAAAAGUAAAACUUGGCACUCACAUCUUGACAGGUGAAAAAGUCGCGAUUAAAAUACUGGAAAAAGACAAAAUUAAAGACAGUGGAGACAUCGAAAGAAUAUCAAGGGAAAUCAAAAUUCUCAAGACAGUCAAACACCCGAAUUUGAUACAGCUAUAUGAAUAAUAAUAAUAAAUGGCAUCGUCGAGAAAAUUCUUCUCUGAAGAAUUUUCACUCCUUUGGCCUAUUUUAUUAUUAUAGGAUUCAGUUUUCCCGGUGGGACCUUAUCCAGCAAUAUCAGGUAAGCAAACGGGGAGGGGGACACAGCCUCCUGGCCUGAUCCUUGGAUGCUUAGUGGACAUAGGGUUUUACUGCUUGUUACUCCUGAGGAGGGAGACCCAUAUGCGACACAACGUGCAGGAGUCAAGUUUUGAGCAAGGCAACGUAGCCUAUGAGAUCUGGCAGCCAAUUGGCUAUCACUUGCUUAGAAUGGUCCGUCGGCCCGAUAAAAAGGGUGACGUCACCAGUUGGAGUCUACAGGGGUGAGCCCUUGUGGCUUUGUCAAAUCACCCUGCAGAGCCAGAGAAUGACGUUAAAACCUCUAACUCCCCCCCCAUCCUUGAUCGAACGACUCGCCAUCGUUCGAUCAAGGAUGGGAGUUAAAAAAAAAAAUUUUUUUGGAAAAAAAUUUUAUAUUAAAAUAAAAAUAUAUAUAUAUUUUUUGUUUUAUUUGCUUUUAAAUAAGAGGGUUAAGAGUAUUUAGUAAUUAUUUUUACAGCAAAAAAUUGAACUAAUUUCAUAAAAAUACCAAUUUUAAUAUUUUGAUUUAUUAGUUACCCCUUUAAACUGUAUAAAUUUUAAUUUGUUUCUUAUUAAAUUAAAUUUUUGUUUUUUCAAUUUUAAAAAAUCUCUAUUUUAUUAGGUUAUUAAGUUUUUAAGCCUAGGCUGAUGACUAAAUCACUUUGAAUGGUUGAUUCCGCAGCUUUUCGUCGUCUUAAAGUUUCUGAAAACAACUUUAUUAUGUAUAUCUUCCCCCAAGCUUUUGAUAACUAAUAUAUUUUUAUAUAUAUAAAAAUCGUCAUGAUAUGAAAAUCGUUCGAUCAAGGAUGGCGUUAAUUUCCCAAAUUUUAGGAAUUUUUACAAUCAAUCGUCCGAUCAAGGAUGGGGGGGAGUAAGUAAUGUUAAUGUUAAUGAUAGAGCUAUAUGAAAUAGUUGAAACUUCCAAACACAUUUAUACUGAUUAAAAAGAAGAAUAUAUAAUAGGAAAUUAUUUUAUAGGAAAAUAAAGGGAUUUAUUGUAAACGGAAUACUUAAUUAUGGAGUAUGCAAGUGGAGGAGAGCUGUUUGACUAUAUUGUGUCUCAUCAUAAAGUAAAAGAACCUCAAGCGUGCAGAUUUUUCCAACAAAUUUUAGCUGGGGUAGAGUAUCUUCAUAAAAACAGCAUCAUUCAUAGAGAUUUAAAACCAGAAAACUUGCUACUUGAUGAAAAUUUAAAUAUAAAAAUUGUUGAUUUUGGGUUGUCAAAUACUCAUAAAACAGGCGAAACUCUAAAAACUGCUUGUGGAAGCCCUUGCUAUGCAGCCCCAGAGAUGAUUGCUGGAAAACGCUAUGGAAAUAAAGUCGACCUAUGAAGCUGUGGAAUCAUAUUAUUCGCCCUUAUAUGUGGGCAUCUCCCUUUCGAAGACCCAAAUACAUCACAAUUAUACAAAAAAAUAUUAAGUGGAAAUUAUAAUUGUCCAAGAUGGGUUGGAAAUGAAGCAAGAGACCUAUUAAAGCGAUUAAUAAAUACAAGCCCAGACGAAAGAUGGACUAUUGAUAUGGUCAGGAGGCAUCAAUGGUUUAAUCUUUAUUCUCAAGACUCAAGGCCAGAGCUUUCAGAAGACGAAAACCCUGCUGUAAAUGAAAAAGUUCUCAGAUAUCUUGGACAAUUAGGCUUUGAUAUUACUAUAUUUUUAUGUUAAUUAGGUCAUUAUCGUGACGCUCUCUUUCGCAGAAGUGGAUAAAGAUUCACCUGGAAAAGUGAACCUAUAAUAAUAAAUCACGGAGGGAUAGCUCUCAGAGAGAACUAAUUCGGUAAGUUCUCAUUUUAUUAUUAUAGGCUUUGAUAUUACAAAUACAGAAACUUCUGUAUUAAAUAAUAAGCAUAAUCAUGCUACAGCCACGUAUUAUUUAUUACUCAAAAAAUCAAAGCGACCUAAAAAAACUUAUAAAGUUUCUGGGCUUAAUGGGACUGUAAUUUAUGAUACUUCGGUAAGAGAUUCUUUUGAAAAAGAAAAUGACAGAGAUUUGAAUGAGACAACGGUAGAUGUGGUGAAGGAGCCAAAUUUAAUUGAAAAAUUGUAUGAGAAAAAGCAUAGCAAACAUUCGAGGAGAGAAAGUGUGCAGAUUCCGCUGAGAGCGACUCCUAGAAAUGAAGCUUAUGUGCAUUCUAUAUCUCCUCAUACUAAAAAAGAGCAGAAUUCGUUAGUUUUAAAAGAAAAUGCAAUACCUAAACCAAUUCCAAGAGAAUUGGUCAAACCAAAACCUGCGAUGUUGUUAAAGCCACUAACAGUUUUGAAUGCUGGUGAAAGGAAUGCAAAGAGGGUUAAAACUCCUCACGUUCAAGAAUAUCUCAAUAAUUCUUUGAAAUUUAGUCCAAGAGGAAGAAAGUCUGUGUAUCCAGAUUACUCCAGUCGCUUGGAAUCUACAGAUGCCUCUAUCAGAUUUAUAUAG